GUUUUUCUUAAUAUAAGGUAACAGUUGUAACAGAGUUAACAACUUAGUGUUAAUUGUUACUAUUUUGCAACAGAAUGGAUAAGCUUCAUGAUUAUCAGGGGAUAGCAGGUCGAUUUCAUCAAUGGAGAGACAACAUUAAAGAAUAUUACGAAGACUUCCAUGACAAAAAAUCAACCAAUUUAGUUGAUACAGUCAAGAGACAGCUCAAAGGAAACGCAAGUGCCAAUAAAGACUAUAGCCAUGUAUUUAGAACAAAGACAAGGUCCGAAUUAGUCAGAGUUUCGGCAGCUGUUAUGGGCAUCGAGUUCUCUUAUGCAGCCGAAACAGCGUUUGUUUCCCCAACACUUUUAAAAAUCGGAGUUGAGCAUCAGCAUAUGACACUGGUUUGGGCAUUAUCUCCGUUGGUUGGAUUUUUUCUAUGUCCCAUUUUGGGAUCUUUAUCUGAUCGCUGCAAACUGAAUAUUGGACGCCGACGACCAUUCAUUCUGCUUUUAUCAAUAGGAGUUAUUUUUGCUCAUCGGUCGAAAUUCUUCCAAAGCAUAGCGAAAAUCUGCGCAGCGCUGCACCAAAUAUCCAAAGCAGAGCUAAUUAAUCAAAGUCAGCGCUCAAACAACCAAAGCGGCGAAGAAUUAGGUAGAGCAGCGGCACCGCAGCUCCACAUAACUAAAACGGCCGCAGCCCUGCGUUUGCCAUGACGUCACAAAAUUGCCAAAACUUCGUGUGCAUAUUUGGGGUGGGAUUUUCUCCUGCUAUAAACAUGCAGGAAUUUUCUCCAAACAAUAUAUAUAAUAUAAG